AUGCUUCGUGUAAGAUGCUUCCCAACCUCCAUUAAACACGAAGAAGAAGAUCUCUCCAUUUUUUUCCCUCAGUUCCAUUUUGUUUAUGCCGAAAGAUUUAAAUCGCAAAAAUCCAGAUCAAAGUGCGAAUCUGACUGAACACAGAUACAACUGUCUGGACGCUCGUCAUCACUGAUCUUCAGAGCACACCAAUAUGAGUGCCGUCUCCUCCCAAAAAGUGGUUCUGAAAAGCACCACCAAAGUGUCCCUGAAUGAGCGCUUCACUAACAUGCUGAAGAACAAGCAGCCCACUCCAGUCAGCAUUCGAGCCACCAUGCAACAGCAGCAUUUGGCCAGUGCUCGUAAUCGACGGCUGGCCCAACAGAUGGAGAACCGACCUUCAGUGCAAGCUGCUCUGAAUCACAAGCAGAGCCUGAAGCAGCGUUUGGGGAAGAGCAACAUCCAGGCCAGGCUGGGACGUCCCGUCGGGCCGCUGAUGCGUGGAGGAGGACGAGGAGGGAUGCGAGGAAUGAGCAGAGGAGGCUUCAGGGGACGAGGGCGAGGAGUGAUGCGGGGAGCGCUGUCGCUUCGAGGUAAACGAAUGUCUUCAGGUGGCCCCAUGCGAGGCCGGAGCUCUGCGGGCCGCUUUGCAAUGCGCAGAGGAGGGCGAAACCGAGGAGCUGCGGGCCGAGGUGGACCUAUGUCACGAGGUGGAACCAGAGGUCGAGGCGGGCUGCGUGGGCGUGGUGGCUUUCCUGGCCGAGGUGGACGUGGCCGGGGGAGAGGAGGGGGUCGGCCAGCUGUGACCCGUGAACAACUGGACAAUCAACUGGAUGCCUACAUGUCAAAGACCAAAGGUCACCUGGACGCUGAGCUGGACGCCUACAUGGCCCAGGCCGAUCCAGACAGCAUGGAGUGAGCUGUGGCUUCGGCGCUUCUGUUCAGACUCAGAAAAAUGUUUUAAAUUCUGUUUUCUAUCACCAGUCGACACUUCUGUCUUUUUUUUUUUUCUCUCUGUUUUUUUUGUCUGGGCUGAAAAAUGUUUUUAAAUCUCAAAUGAUCCCCAAGAACUGAAACCUGUUCCACGGUUCUGAUGAAGCUUCUGUUGUGAGCAGCUUCCUAAAUUAUUUGAGUUCUCGGAGCAAAGUGGUCUUUGUGUUUUGUAUAUAAACCACUCAGUACUUUA